AAUGGGAGAAUUGGAAUGAGAAUAGAAGUAUAUGGCUGUACAUACAGUUCAGACAUUAUAUAUCUUGAUGGUAAAAGCUCCAUAAUGUAUCGAUUUUAUGAAAAGUCAAUGAGCACAACAAAAGAUUUGAUCUCUCUUAAAUUUAAAACAAUGCUCAGUGAUGGUGUUCUGCUUCAUGGAGAAGGACAAAAUGGAGAUCGUAUUGCAUUGGAGCUUAUUAAAGGAAGACUUUGCUUAAGUAUUCACCUAGGAAAUUUGCAAUUUCAUGCCUCCAAUCCUCAUGUUAAUGUAUUCCUGGGAAGCCUGCUAGACGACCAGCAGUGGCAUUCAGUUGUCAUAGAGCGCUUUGGAAGACAAGUAAAUUUCACUGUUGACAGACAUGUGCAUCAUUUCUUCAUGAAAGGAGACAUCUCCUAUCUGGACAUUGAUUAUGAGCUUAGCUUUGGAGGGAUCGCAUCACAAGGAAAAUCAGCAUCACUGCUGCGGAGGAACUUCCAUGGAUGCAUUGAAAAUCUUUAUUAUAAUGGUUUAAACAUCUCUGACUUGGCUAAAAGAUAUAAACCUCAGAUUCACAUUGAGGGAAAUGUUUCAUUUUCCUGUCAAGAGCCUCCAGUGGUUCCAGUGACAUUUCUAAAUUCACAAAGCUAUUUGAUUUUGCCAGGAUUAUCUUUGCAAGAAGAAGUUGCAAUCUCGUUUUUUUUCCGUACGUGGAACAGGGAAGGUUUUUUGUUUGCUACUAAACUCAGCUCUGCUCCUUUCCAGUUUGUCGUAUAUAUUUCCGAUGGAAAGCUUAAAAUGAGUCUUUUCAAAAAUCGAAAAUUGUAUCUGGACCUAGUAACAGGUUUCGACCUUAACAAUGGACAAUGGCAUUAUGUUUCCCUUCUUGCUAAAAGAAAUCGUGUGAAUCUUAUCCUGGAUUAUGAUGGAUCUACAAGCUUAUCUAUGAGUUUACCAUUUCCAGUUUCAUCAACAGAGAACUACUAUUUUGGAGGUUGUUCUAACAGCAGCGUGCCCCAUGAAUGCAUAAAACCUGUUGGUACUUUCCUUGGAUGCAUGAGAUUAAUUUCCAUUGGUGCAAAAGUGAUUGACCUUAUUCAAGUGCAGCAGGGUAUACUUGGUAAUUUCAGCGAUUUGCAGAUUGAUUUAUGUGGUAUCCUUGAUAGAUGUUUUCCAAAUUACUGUGAGCAUGGAGGAAUGUGCUCGCAAACAUGGAGUGAUUUUUACUGUAAUUGCUCAGACACAGGAUACAUGGGAGCAACUUGUCAUUAUCCUAAAUAUGAACAGUCAUGUGAAGCAUAUAAAUACAAAGGAAACGCAUCUGGAUACUUCUACAUUGAUUCUGAUGGGAGCGGGUCUCUUGAACCAUUUCUGGUUUACUGUAAUAUGACAGAUACAGCAAUAAGUAUAUUACAUCACAACAAUACAGAUCUGAAUAAGGUAAAGAGUUCCAAUCGGGAGAACCCUCAUGUGAUGAAUUUCAAAUACUCUGCUGAUAUGGAGCAGCUCCAGGCUAUAAUAAACAAUUCUGAGCACUGCAAACAGGAAAUUUCUUACCACUGUAAAAAGUCGCGCAUUCAACAUAAGCAAAGUAACAUCCCUUUCACAUGGUGGGUUGGACGUAAUAAUCAGACUCAUAUGUACUGGACUGGUUCUUUGCCAAAUGAAAACAGAUGUGCAUGUGGACUUGAAGGAAACUGUGAGGAUUCCCAACAUUAUUGCAAUUGUGAUGCUGACAAAAGUGAAUGGUUAAGUGACAAAGGAUUCCUGUCCAAUAAAGAUCACCUUCCAGUGACCAAGAUUGUGAUUACUGAUACGGACAGACCACACUCAGAAGCUGCUUAUAAACUUGGUCCCCUGCUAUGCUGGGAGGAUAGAAGAUUUUGGAAUGCAGCUUCAUUUAACACGUUAUCAUCUUACCUGCAUUUCCCUACCUUUGAUGGUGAAUUUAGUGCAGACGUGUCUUUUUUCUUUAAAACUGCAUCACCAUCUGGACUAUUCUUGGAAAACCUCGGAAUUAAGGAUUUUAUUCGGAUAGAGCUAGAAUCUCCAACAGAUGUUGUUUUUUCAUUUGAUGUUGGAAAUGGCCCCUUAGAGGUUCGUGUAAGCUCGCCUACUCAUUUAAAUGACAGUCAAUGGCAUUUUGUGAAAGCUGAGAGAAACAUCAAAGAAGCCUCUCUUCAAGUGGACAACUUACCCCAAAAAACAUACAUUACCCCCUCAGAUGGACAUAUACGUCUACAGCUUUACAGUCAGCUCUUCAUAGGUGGAACACCUUCAAGGCAGAAAGGAUAUUUAGGUUGCAUCCGCUCCUUAAAGUUGAAUGGUAUUCCUAUUGACUUGGAAGAAAGAGCAAAGGUGACCCCAGGUAUCAAACCAGGGUGCCCUGGACACUGCAGUAGCUAUGGGAAUUUAUGUCACAAUGGAGGAAAAUGUGUUGAAAAACAAAAUGGGUUUUCAUGUGACUGCACUUUGUCAGCAUUUACAGGAGCAUUUUGCAAGAAAGAAAUUUCAGCACAAUUUGAAGCAGAAUCAUCAUUAACUUAUACAAUUCAAGAGAAUUAUACCAUGAUUAAAAAUUCAAGUUUGAUGGCAUCUUCUAUUUAUGCUGAAUCAAAUUCUAAGGAAAGUAUAUCUUUCAAUUUCAGAACAACUCAAGCACCAAGUUUAUUGCUUUUUGUACAAUCUCUAAAUAAAGCAUAUAUUUCAAUUAUCAUCUCAAAAAAUGGAAGUUUGCAAAUCGGGUACAAAUUGAAUUAUUAUCAUGAUCCUGAUAUUUUCACCAUCAAUUCUAAAAAUCUAGCUGAUGGUCAUCUGCACAGACUCUCAAUUCUGAGAAAACAAGAUAUCUUAUCUGUGGAGGUUAACCAAUAUGGAUCUGAGCAAUUCAUUCUCAGUUCUGGCACAAAGUUCAAUACAAUCCAUUCUCUUGUACUUGGUAAAAUAUCAGAUGACAUUGAGGUUGACCUAGAGACACUGAAGGCCAGUGUUAAUGGAUUUAUUGGAUGCCUCUCUGCUGUGCGUUUUAAUAACAUUGUACCACUAAAGACAGCUUUCAAAAGCAAUUUUACUUCUCAAAUAAUAAUAAAGGGACAUGUUAUCGAGUCUAGUUGUGGAUCCAUAAAUGGAGAGGAUGCAGGAUCUGGAGAAACAACCCACUCACUUGCAGAUCAUUCUGGAACAUUGCAUAAUGGAGAAAAGUUAACUAAUGCAUUAAGAAAUGGUGUUGCACUUAUUGGAGGUGUAAUAUCUGUUGUAAUAUUCAUUUUAUUAUGCAUUGCUGGCAUAGCAAUAAGAAUUUAUCUCCAGAAGAAUACAUAUAAAAAAAAUGAAGCCAAAGAAUCAGAACAUGAGGACAAUGAAGAAGCAGCAGCCAAACUGAAAGCUGAGAUCAGUAUGCAAAAUGCAAUCAACGAAAGUCAAAAAGAAUUUUUUUUCUAA